UGAUAGGUUCCUUCCCGUUGUUCGAAGUUCAGAUCCGUUCCUUCCUCAAGCGCACGCUUUCCCCUCCGUAACCCUCAUAACCUACCUAUUUGACGGCCUUGAGGGGCACGUCUACAAUCCGCCCAACCUGGCUCCCGCACUCAACCCGGCGUCGGCCCUCCGCGCCCAACGACAGCUCGAAACCGAAGACGACGCAAACAUUCGAGAACGCAGCAUAAGCGUCCGCAUAUCGCAGAGCCGAAACGACGACCACGAAGAUCAGGACAAUACAGCGACCUCUCCCGUCGCCCGCUUCAGCAGCAUGAUUGUUGGAAAGGGUUCUUCCUGGAAAGCUGCCAGGGCGCGCUUGCCGCCGAGCCGCCAGCUAUGGCAUAUGCUGAGAAGCACAAAGACGUUGGUAGCGUUUGCAUCGUUUGCCCUGGUCGUUAUUCUCUGGCGGUCCAUAGGGUCUGAUGCUGCUGAGAUGCAGAGGUUUUACUGCUGGGGACCUUCAAAAUCGCCGCUCCAUAUGACAGCUAACGAGAUUGAGGAUUGGCACGCACAUCUGCAGACUCCUGUGCUGUUCAAUCCUCACAAGCCAAUCGAAAUCAACGACUCCACGAUCGAGCAUGUCGACCUCAAUCAAGUCAAGUCCACCGUCGAUGCGAUCAAGAAUAAAGAGCGCGUGCUGAUAUUGACCCCGCUGCGAGACGCUUCCAUGUACCUACCGCAAUACUUCGAUCUACUUAGCCUGAUUACAUACCCCCACGACCUUAUUGACCUGGCCUUUCUCGUCGGUGACAGCAGGGACGAUACUAUAGCCACUUUGGCCAAAGAGCUGGAGCGUGUACAAGGCAACGAAGAAGUUGCGUUCCGGUCUACCACAGUCGUGGAAAAGAAUUUCGGUGUCACGCUCUCGCAGAACGACGUUCAAGAUAGACAUAAGCUUGAAGUUCAAGGCCCCCGCAGGAAGGCCAUGGGCCGAGCACGCAACUACCUUCUUUCAGCAGCACUGAAGCCGGAGCAUAGUUGGGUGUACUGGAGAGAUGUUGACUUAAAAGACAGCCCAGCAACAAUCAUAGAAGACCUCGUCGCGCACGAUCGUGAUGUCAUUGUCCCCAACGUGUGGUUUCAUCGAUACGAGGAACGCGAUGGAAAGGACGUCGACAUUGAAGGUAGAUUCGAUUACAAUUCGUGGCAAGAAUCGCCAGAGGGGAGACAACUGGCUACCACCCUCAAGCCUGACGAGAUCCUUGUUGAAGGAUACCCACUCAAAUAUGAUACCAAACGCACGUACAUGGCCCUCAUGGGUGACUGGCGUAAAAACAAAGAUGAGGAAAUACCUUUGGAUGGCAUCGGUGGGGUUAACAUCAUCGUCAAAGCUGAUGUUCAUCGCUCCGGCAUCAAUUUCCCGUGCUAUGCUUUCGAACAUCAGGCUGAAACAGAAGGUUUUGCGAAGAUGGCCAAGCGAGCGGGCUAUGGUGUCUACGGUUUGCCGAAUUAUGUGGUGUGGCACAUUGAUACCCAGGAAGUGCCGGUUUGA